AUGUCCCAGAGGAGCGAACCGUCCUCCGUUCUGCUGGAGAUCCUGCUCCCUGAGAAGAACCUCACAGCGUAUCUGCUGGAUCCUUUCGUACCCCUUCUACGCGGUUUUGAUGAGACCACCCGGGUCUCUGUUUCGCGUCCCCCUUCGGAACCUCACAUCAUUUGCACCCCCACCACCUCCGCUAGUACUACCACAAAUAGGGAAAACCGACCUACCAAGAGGCAGCGGUCCAACAAUGAACCCCCAUCAGCCUCAGCUCAUUCAUGCCAACCUGGAGAAUCCGCUGAAACAAGUCAAAUUCACCCGUUGAACGGCUUCCAGCUCGAAGCUGUUCACCAUGCUAGCAUCAAGGGUGAUAUCCAACAGGCCGUUGAUGCUAUUCGAGAGCGAUGGAUUGAUGAAUGUAGCCGCGAUGGCCAUUCGGAAUGGUGGUCAGAUCCACAUCUCUUGCGUCACUCAGCCGUCGCUCAACUCGAAUGGCUACCUUCGCCAGAGAUCAAGCGUUCAGAGGUAUGGGUAGACUGGGCCGCUUUAACUCGCGACACAUUCCAAGUUCGUUGUAAAACUCAAUCCGACUUAAAUCAAUCCUCAAUACGCGUCUCUGAAUCUGGCAUCACAUGUACAAACUCAUCAUCGACUUCGAUUAGUCAAACAUUCCUACCUGAGAAGAAAUGUUCGAUUACCCUUCCAAAGAGGUCAGGUUUUAGCUUAGCCACGAUGGAAAACUUCAAAAGCGAAGUAUUUGGAUUAAACCAUUCUCCCGGUUGGGAUGCAGUGAUCAUUGAUCCACCCUGGCAAAACAAGUCUGCGACUCGUGGCGGAAAGUAUAGGACUGUAGAGCUUUACGAUCUUUUCAAGUUAGAUCUGCCAGGAAUCUUGGGUGAGAAUGGUGGCAAAAGAGCAUUAAUUGCAGUCUGGGUGACCAAUCGACCUAAGUAUCGACGCUUUCUGAAGAACAAAUUCUUUCCAGAUUGUCAUGUUCAGGGACCCUAUUCCGAAUGGUAUUGGGUCAAGAUCACAGCCUCGCCGACGGUUAAGGAUGACCAGCCAGCUUUGAGCGAAGGUGGAAAGCCUUUAUUCGACUUGAACAGUACCUCCCCUCGCAGAUGUUACGAAGGCUUGGUUCUUGGCUGGUACAUCCCCCCGUCGCUUAGGCCUGAAGUUAGGUCGAGUGAAUUACCUCCCAAGAUUUUUCUUUCGGUUCCAUUAGGCCAUUCACGGAAACCUAAUAUCAUCGACUUACUUGCGCCACAUCUUCCAUCGGACCCCAGCAUUCUUGAACUUUUUUCGCGCUCUGUUAGUGGAUUGACCAGUCUUGGGAAACCGCUGGAAGACAAAUCAACGGUACUCAGUCCGAUGAAGGGUAUGUGGCAUAGUGUUGGUGAUGAAUCUCCAAAGUUUAAUGCGGCUCCUUGGGUAGUACUAGAUUCUUCCAUAAAUACUCCAAGUCUCUCUGAUCCUUAAAUUUAAAAAAAAAUGGACUGCCAAUGUCAAUUUAGCCUUGAGAUUGUAAGAUCAAGCUCCCAAUCCACUACCAGACAAAAAACAAGAAAUUUAGUAGAUGUUAUUGUUGAG